AUGCUUCUUCAGCAUUCACUUCAGAGCAGAUUCAUCAAGAACACCAUGUGUGAUCCACCAAGACUUCUGGAGCUGGCUGAACAGAGCCUGCUGAAGGAUGAGGCCUUGGCCAUCGCUGCUCUGGAGGAGCUGCCCAUGGAGCUCUUCCCACCUCUGUUCACAGCAGCUUAUGCAGGGAGACACAGUGAGGCCCUGAAGGCAAUGGUGCAGGCCUGGCCCUUCUCCUGCCUCCCUCUGGGGGCUCUGAUGAAGGAAUGGCCGCCUCACCAGGAGACCUUCCAAGCUGUGCUCAGAGGGCUGGAUGCACUCCUUGCUCAAGAGGUUCGCCCCAGGCAGUGGAAACUUCAAGUGCUAGAUUUACGCCAGAAAACACAUCAGGACUUAUACACUCUAUUGGCUGGAACCAGAAAUGAUCUGUGCUCAUUGUCAGAGGCUGCUCAGCCCAUGAAAAAGAAGCAAAAAGUGGGUGGUUCCAAAAUGGGUGCAAAACAGCCUUUGGCUUCUGUGCAGGUGCUCAUAGACCUGAAUUUCAAUAAAGGCAGCCAUGAUGAAUUUCUGUUCUCCCUCAUUGAGAAGGUCAAGCAGAGGAAAGGUUUACUAUAUCUCUGCUGUAAAAAGCUGAGAAUUUUUGUAGUGCCUAUGCAAAAUAUUAAGAUGAUCUUGAAAAUGGUACAACUGGACUCUGUCCAGGAUUUGGAAGUGACCUUUACCUGGAAACUGUCAACUUUGGGGAAGUUCGCUUCUCAUCUGGGCCAGAUGGGUAAUUUACGCAGACUCCUCCUGUCCCACAUCCAGACAUAUCCCUGUACUUCCUCAGAGGAGGAGCAGUGUGUCAACCAAUUAAGCACUCAGUUCCUCAGUUUCCGUCACCUCCAGGAGCUGCAUUUGGACUCUAUCUCCUUUCUUCAAGGCCGCCUGCUCCACAUGCUCAGGUGUUUGAAGAGCUCCUUGAAGAUUCUCUCACUCACCAAUUGCUUGCUUCUAGAAUCAGACUUGAUAAAUUUGUCCCAGUGCCCCAGUGUCAGUCAGCUAAAGGAACUGCGUCUAAGCAAGGUCAAGCUGGACCCCCGUUUUAAUGGCAUCCUGCUUACUCUGAGCCACUGCUUCCAGCUCACAAGCUUCAGCAGCUAUGGGAAUCCCAUCUCCAUAACUGUGCUGGGGAACCUCCCACACACAAUUGGGCUGAUCAAGCUAAGCCAAAUGCUGUCUGCCCCAAUGGAAAGUUAUGAGGAUAUUCUUACAGAACUAGAUUUUCAGAGGGAGGGCUUCAUUGCUCAUAGUCCAACCCAGUACUAUUAA